CUCAGAAUACGUGUCUGCUAAGCGGGAACUCGAUUUUACUCAUAAGGCAGUGCACAUAAGCGGUACCUCUCUAACGGAUACCUUGAGGGAUCGUCACUGACGUAGCGGGUUGGUUGUCCGGGGCAUCCUUCGGGCAGAGCUCCCUGAAGCUCUAUCUCAGGCACCCGGGACCGUGACUCGCCAACACACAGCCCACCAGGCAUAUCCUCGAUCCUCUCCCCCAGAGGUUGAGAGCUGCCCAAGCAUUAGCCUUCUUUUCUUCUUCUCUUCCCCUUGCUUCCCGUCCUUAUCAUCACCAAACAUCGCAGAAACAAACCACAACCAUGGCGAAACACCGACCAUCAACAGCAAUGCUCCGACCUUCCUCCCUCAUCGCCGCAGCAGCGCUCUGCCUGCCCCUCACAUCCGCCUCUCAGCCUGGCGCCGCCUCCCCGGUACCGGCCCCGAUGCGCGACCUGACUUGGGGCCAGCUCAACUUCCUCCACACGACCGAUACACACGGCUGGCUUGGCGGCCACCUUCUCGAGCCGCAGUACUCGGCCGACUGGGGCGACUACGUCUCAUUCGCUGAGCACAUGCGGCGGAAGGCCGACGAGCGCGGCGCCGACCUCCUCGUCAUCGACACGGGUGACCGUGUCGAGGGCAAUGGCCUCUAUGAUAGCUCGAGCCCCAAGGGCCUCUUCACCUACGAUAUCUUCCGCGAGCAGGCUGUCGACAUCCUCUGCACCGGCAACCACGAACUCUACCAGGCCGACGCCGCCCAGCGCGAGCACGACAUCACAGUGCCCAAUUUCCGCGAAAACUAUAUUGCCAGCAACCUCGACUACAUUGACCCCAAGACGGGCGACCGCGUGCCCCAGGCCCAGCGGUACCGCAAGUUCAAGACCAAGAACCAAGGGCUCGAAAUCGUCGCUCUCGGCUUCCUCUUCGAUUUCACGGGAAACGCCAACAACACUGUCGUUCAGCCGGUCGAGGAUACCAUCAAGUCGGAUUGGUUCAAGAAGAUGCUGGAGGAGGAGAAGCCCGAUUUGUUCGUCGUCAUCGGCCACGUUGGCCUGCGCAUGCCCGAGUUCAAGGCCAUCUUCACCGCCAUCCGCAAGGGCAACUGGUUUGCGCCCAUUGCCUUCUUCGGCGGCCACGCCCACGUCCGUGACGCCCUCAAAUUCGACAAAGACGCUUUUGCCCUCGCCAGUGGGAGGUAUGGCGAGACCAUCGGGUGGAUGUCGAUUGACAACAUCAAGAGGGCCAAGUCCGCGUCCGCCACCGACGAGGUCUCGGCAGAGAUUGCGCCAUCCGCCUCCUUCACGAGGAAGUACAUUGACAACAACCUCUUCGGCCUCUACCAUCACACCGGUCUCAACGAGACGACCUUCCCAACUGAGUACGGCAAGAACGUUACCAAGAUGAUCGAGAAGGCCCGCAAGGCGCUCGACCUCGAUUACAAGUACGGCUGCGCGCCCAAGGACCUGUGGGUCAACCGCGCCCCGUAUCCGAGCGACGACAGCAUCUUCACAUGGCUCGAAACGCAGGUGCUCCCAGACGUCAUCCACAAGAAGGACAGAAAAGACGUCCCGCGCCUGGCCAUUGUCAACACGGGCGGCAUACGCUUCGACAUCUUCAAGGGAGCAUUCACAAAGGACAGCACCUACAUCGUGUCGCCCUUUACCAGCACCUUCAAGUACAUCCCCGACGUUCCGUACGGCGUGGCCAAGCGCGUCAUCGAGCUCCUGAACAAGGCCGGCAAGAUCUUUGAGGCGACGCACGAUACCCGUUUCAUGAAUAUACCCGAGAUGUUGUUCCCCAAAGACGACAUGUUCAUGUUGAAGACGGAGCAGGAGGGCGAGCCCCGCCGGCUCGAGCUGCGCCAGGAGACUGAUCAGCAUCCGCUGUCUGGUGACGACGACAAGUCCAAGAAGCCGGACCUCAUCGGCGGGUACACCACCAAGGACGACAUCGGCGCUGACGGCGACGACACGGAGCACGUGCCCAUCCAGUUCUACGAGGUGCCCAACUGCGUGCAGACGGAGAUUGGCUUCCCCAAGGAGGGCGAGCCCGAAAAGGUGGAUGUCGUCUUCAUCGACUUCAUCCUGCAGUGGGUGCUUGUCGCCCUCAAGUUCAGCGGCGGCGACUACAGCGAGGAGGAUGUGUUGACGUGGUCGGAUGACACGCUUACGUACAAAAUGGGCGAGUGGAUCAAGGAGAACUGGAAGGGAGACUGCUGAACGGGCUGGACAACGACAGGAUUGUCUUGUACGGGCUCAUAUUGAUGCUUGGCUGAUGAAUUGGGGUUCUGCCCAGGGUACAUGGGCUCUUUAGGUAGGAGUAUUUGUUUCGGAUCGAUCUAGGCCCCUCGUUUUCUCUUUUCUUUUUUUCCUUUUAAGAGUGCUUUUCAUCAAGCCACGCACGCCAUCUGUUCUAGGCACCUUUAACCGGGCAACAUACGUACUUGGGCUGGGAACUGUCGACAGGGAGGUGCGGGUGCGGGUUUCGGUCGCAUGAGGGUCAGAAACCAAGCAAAGUAGACUGCAAACAAGACUUUACAAUAUACAUCAUAUCACAUUAUC